AUUAAAGCGGUCGGGCUGUCUGGCUGGCUGGUUGGGCCGUCAGGGCCGCGGACCGCCAGUCUCGAGCUGCGAGUUCCCUUCUCUUCAGCUGCUGCGCUGACAGUAGCAUGCCCCCCCGGCCCCGAGGACCCCCCGCCGGGCCGGCUUAGAGAAGACGCGGCUGCCCAGCACUUGGGCCAGGCGGUCCCUGCCCGCUCCUCCUCUGUCGCUGGAGAACCGCCGGGCUGAGCCGCUGGGAGAAGCAGGCCAGAGCCUUCCGGGGCCUCGGCCCGGGGACCCGUGGAGGAUGAGCUGGCUCUUCCCUCUGACCAAGAGCGCCUCCUCCUCCGCAGCUGGGUCCCCCGGUGGUCUCACCAGCCUCCAGCAGCAGAAGCAGCGCCUGAUCGAGUCCCUCCGGAACUCACACUCCAGCAUAGCUGAAAUACAGAAAGAUGUGGAAUACAGGUUGCCUUUCACUGUAAAUAACCUGACAAUUAACAUUAAUAUAUUGCUUCCUCCACAAUUUCCUCAGGAAAAACCAGUGAUCAGUGUUUAUCCACCAAUACGGCAUCACUUAGUGGAUAAACAAGGAGUGUAUGUUACCUCUCCAUUAGUAAGCAAUUUUACAAUGCAUUCAGAUCUUGGGAAAAUUAUUCAGAGUCUAUUGGAUGAGUUUUGGAAGAAUCCUCCAGUUUUAGCUCCUGCUUCAACAGCAUUCCCAUACCUGUACAGUAACCCAGGUGGGAUGCCUCCUUAUGCUUCUCAGGGUUUCCCAUUUCUUCCUCCGUAUCCCCCACAAGAAGCUAACAGGACUAUCAGCUCUUUAUCUGUUGCUGACACUGUUUCUUCUUCAACAACAAGUUAUACAACCACCAAACCGGCUGCUCCUUCAUUUGGUGUCCUUUCAAAUCUGCCAUUGCCCGUUCCCACAACAGACACUUCAACACCGAUAAGCCAAAAUGGUUUUGGUUACAAGAUGCCCGAUAUUCCUGAUACAUUUCCAGAACUCUCAGAACUAAGUGUGUCACAACUUACAGAUAUGAAUGAGCAAGAGGAUGUAUUACUAGAGCAGUUUGUGACUUUGCCUCAACUAAAACAAAUUAUUACUGACAAGGAUGACUUAGUAAAAAGUAUUGAGGAACUAGCAAGAAAAAAUCUCCUUUUGGAGCCCAGCUUGGAAGCCAAGAGGCAAACUGUUUUAGAUAAGUAUGAAUUACUUACACAAAUGAAAUCAACUUUUGAAAAGAAGAUGCAAAGGCAGCAUGAACUUAGUGAGAGCUGUAGUGCAAGUGCUCUACAGGCAAGAUUAAAAGUAGCUGCACAUGAAGCUGAGGAAGAAUCUGAUAAUAUUGCAGAAGAUUUCUUGGAGGGAAAAACGGAUAUAGAUGAUUUUCUCAGUAGCUUCAUGGAAAAGAGAACAAUUUGCCACUGUAGAAGAGCCAAGGAAGAGAAACUUCAACAAGUGAUAGCAAUGCACAGCCAGUUUCAUGCUCCACUAUAGGACUGGAUUUGGCUGCAAAGACUAGCUCCAACCUCAAGUUUAAGUAAAAGCUUGUGUUCCUGGAUAAUGCAGGAAAACAGCCCAAAUGUAGGAAAGCACACCUGUCUCCUGGGAGUGAAAGCAUGAGGCCAUCCGUAACCAAAGCAGCUCUUCUUCCUUAGAUUUUCCUGAAAACAUGAACUGCAAAGAGAGGAAUGGGACACAAAACUAAGCACAUUUAUAUUUAUGAUUUGCAAAUUGGCAUUUCAUCACAAGGCUGAAUUCCUAGAUGUAUUAUAUAGGUUGUAUACAGAACUGAGACUGAUUUUGUACAGAUUAGAAUGAUUGCUAUGAUCUUUGCUUUGAAAAUUUUUUCUGCACUAUUUGCACUAAAAAUGUUUAUUUAUUGUUGAUAAAUUCUAUCAUAUUUAAAUUCUACUGCUGUUCCUCUCUUAUUAUUGAUUAAAUACCUGUGCAUGUAAUUUUAGCUACUCUCAAUAUUUUAUAAAAUUACUUCAUUUCAAUUUGUAUUUUUAAUUUGAAACUGCCUCAUUUCUUUAUCAAGGAUAGUUUGCUUAGAUUUUUUUUCCUCUCAACCCUUUUUGAAAAAUUACUAUUUCAACUGUAGAAAGAUUCUUAUUUUUUUCUUUCUUUCUAGAUGAUAAAACUUUGAAAAAUAAUUUGUUUUUAAAUAUUCACAGUGUCAGGAAACACCAAACCUGCCAAUGUGCCAUCUCGAGUAAUUUUUAAUACACAGAAUAAAUGAAAAGGAUAAACCAGCUGUUUUAUAUACUCUUAUUUUUAAAAUUAAAGAUGCAUUUAAAAGGCAAUACAGGUAAAUAAAUAUUUUACCUAAUAGAAAAAUUGCCUUUCAUUUAAACUAGUCCAACAUAAACUUUCAUGCUAGCUUUUUCAAUAUAAGUAUCUGACGGGUUUGUGGUUAGAUGAGGAUAUGCUGUCUGAAUUCUGAAGUUUAAAACAGUAUUUUGUUAAUAAAUAGUAAAGAACACAAAAGUCAGUGAAAUUUUCUGACCUUUACUGUGUUAGCUUUUCUCUUAUGAAAGCUUUAAUAAUAAAUAAAACUAAUAUUUAAUUUUUA